AUGAAAACUAUAAUUCUUCUUGGGCUUCUGGGAGCCACAAUGUCAGCCCCACUUAUCCCACAGCGCCUUAUGUCUGCAAGCAACAGCAAUGAGUUACUUCUGAAUCUUAAUACUGCUCAGCUUCAGCCACUACAGUUUCAGGGCCCAUUUAAUUCAUGGAUUCCUCCUUUCUCUGGGAUUCUACAACAGCAGCAGCAAGCUCAAAUUCCAGGGCUCUCCCAAUUCUCUUUAUCAGCUUUUGACCGGUUGGCUGGACUGUUCCCAAAUCAGACACCUUUCCCAGGAUGGGUCAGUUUUGCCCAGGGAACUCAGGUGGGACAGCUGGACCCCUCACAGCCUCAAACAUCACCACAGACCCAACAGGGCUCUAAUCAUGUUAUGCCCUAUGUGUUCUCCUUCAAAAUGCCUCAAGAGCAAGCACAGAUGUUUCAGUACUAUCCAGUCUACAUGCUCCUACCUUGGGAACAACCUCAACAGACAGCCACGCAGUCACCUCCACAAACAGGACAGCAGCAAUUUGAGGAGCAGAUGCCAUUCUAUACUCAAUUUGGAUAUAUUCCAGUACAAGUAGAACCUGUUAUACCGGGAGUCCAGCAGCAACUAGCCUUAGAUCCCUUCACAGACACAGCUUCUGAAACUGUUGUGAUGCCAGCAGGAGCACAAAAAGAAAUGAUAAACUUUAAGCAUGCCAACAGAGGACUUUUCAUUCCUUCUACUUCACAAAAACCCAGCACUACAAAUUAUUUUGCUCCUGCUAUAGACCCAACUAUUACCCCCCAGGUGAUGGAAAAGAAGAAAACAUUAUGGAACAUAGCACACAUUCAACUUCUCAUUAAGGAGGAGGAGAAAGGAGAUGGUCAGAGACUAAAGAGGAGAGAUAAGCAUAGCAUAGCUACUGUGUUCAAGGGCACGAAUCAGUUUGCCAAUUUCUACUCUCCUCAAGUUUUAAUGGGAUGGAUAUUUCUGAAUAAGAUGAAAGUUCUCCUUCUGAUCACAGCCAUUUUGGCAGUAACUUCUGGUUUCCCGGUCACUCAGAGCAAUGAAUCACCUUCACAGUUUUAUGGACCCCCUUUCCCAUAUCCAUUGGGCCCAUAUUAUGUACCAUUCCUGUAUCGAGGGUAUCCAUGGUAUCCAUAUAAUUUUCCUAUUCCAAUACCUCUGUCUGACCCUACAACUACACCUUCUAGUGGCCAGUAA